GCACACAGCUCCGCACUCGUUUCCUCCCCCCGCCGCAUAACAUGAGCUCCCUUCUCUCCAACCGGACGCAUAACGAUACAGAUGGUUUCAUUACGAUAUCCCGCUUUAUGCUGACCGAAACUGCUGUUGUUUAGGAAAAAUCCCCCCUGCCCCCCCUGUUACCGGUUGUGUUUUUUUAUUUGGAUGCGCCAUGCAAUCUCGCCGGUGGAGUUGUGGCAUUCGGCUGGUGGCAUGGACGUGGGUUUGGAGUCUGGCAUUGCUCGGAGCGUGGUGCAUCCCCGCAAAUGAAGUGAACCUGCUGGAUUCUCGCUCUGUGGCAGGAGACCUGGGAUGGGUGGCCUAUCCUAUGAAUGGGUGGGAGGAGAUCGGGGAAGUAGACGAAGACUACGCUCCCAUCCACACCUACCAAGUGUGCCGGGUGAUGGAGCAGAAUCAGAACAACUGGCUCCACACCAACUGGAUCCUGACUGAGGGCGCCCAGCGGGUCUUCAUUGAGCUCAAGUUUACCUUGAGAGACUGCAACAGCCUGCCCGGUGGGGUCGGGACCUGCAAGGAGACGUUUAACAUGUAUUACUACGAAACGGACGGGGCCGAGGAGGAAAUGGAGGACGGAGAGAUGGGAGAUGGAACGGGGAUGACUGAGGAAGAGGACAGGGCGUUGAAGGAGAGCAGAUACAUCAAAAUUGACACCAUAGCAGCUGAUGAGAGCUUCACCGAGCUGGACCUGGGGGACCGCGUGAUGAAGCUCAACACCGAAGUCCGUGAUCUAGGUCCCUUGACCCACAAGGGUGUCUACCUGGCAUUUCAGGAUUUGGGAGCGUGUAUUGCUUUAGUCUCGGUGCGUGUUUUCUACAAACGCUGCCCGUUUCUGGUGAAGAGCUUGGCCGAGUUCCCCGACACCAUUCCGGGCUCAGAGGCCUCGCAGCUGGUGGAGGUAGUCGGCCACUGUGUCAAUAACUCCCUGCCUUUAUAUGAGCCUCCCAGGAUGCAUUGCAGCACAGAGGGAGAAUGGCUGGUGCCGAUCGGGAAGUGUGUGUGCCAGCCGGGAUUUGAGGAAAUCAACGGAUCCUGUCAAGUCUGCAAAGUGGGGUUUUACCGCUCACUGCUGGAGUCUUUGGCCUGCAGUAAAUGUCCACCCCACAGUGUGGCCAGGCAGACAGGAGCCACUGCUUGCAGUUGUGAGGAUGGAUACUAUAAGAUUGACUCCGACCCUCCCAAUAUGGCUUGCACACGCCCUCCUUCUGCUCCACGUAACGCCAUCUCCAACGUCAACGAGACCAGCGUCUUCCUGGAGUGGUCCGUUCCCAUGGAAAUGGGUGGCAGGAAGGACGUGCGCUACAACAUCCUGUGCAGACAGGUCUUGCCAGAUGGAAGGGGCUUGGAGGAAUGCGGCCCCAACGUACGUUUUUUGCCACGUCGUGUCGGACUGUCAAACACCUCGGUCAUGGUGGCCGACCUGCAGUCGCACACCAACUACAGCUUCCUGCUGGAGGCUGUCAACGGGGUGUCAGAGCUGGCCAAAGACCACGCCAAGCAGUAUGUGUCACUCAAUGUGACAACCAAUCAGGCAGCACCGUCCCCAGUGAGUGUGGUGAGAAAAGGCCAUACGGACAAAAGCAACAUCGCCCUUUCUUGGGCAGAGCCUGAUCGCCCCAACGGCAUCAUCCUGGAGUACGAGAUCAAGUAUUUUGAAAAGGAGCAGGACUCCAGUUACACUAUUAUAAAGUCCAAGGAGACUGAGAUGGUGGUGGAAGGCCUAAAGCCCUCUUCAGCCUACAUCUUCCAGGUGCGAGCCAGGACCUCAGCAGGCUAUGGCGCAUUUAGCCGACGUUUUGAGUUCCAGACCAGCCCUUACUUAACUGCGACCAGCGAGCGUGCUCAGGCUUCGAUAGUAGCGGUGGCCAUCACGUUGGCUCUGGUCCUCCUGGCAGUAGUCGCUGGAUUCCUGCUCAGUGGACGGCGGUGUGGCUACAGCAAAGCAAAACAGGACCCGGAAGAAGAGAAGAUGCACUUCCACAACGGUCACAUAAAGUUCCCUGGGGUGCGCACCUAUAUUGACCCCCUCACCUAUGAAGAUCCCAACCAGGCGGUGCAUGAAUUUGCUCAGGAGAUUGACGUCUCGUUCAUCUCCAUAGAGAGGAUCAUCGGAGCUGGGGAGUUUGGCGAGGUGUGCAGCGGACCGUUGAGGUUGCCUGGGAAAAGAGAGAUCCAGGUUGCCAUAAAGACCUUGAAAGCGGGCUACACGGAGCAGCAGAGACGCGACUUCCUGUGGGAGGCGUCGAUCAUGGGCCAGUUUAACCACCCAAACAUCAUCCGUCUGGAGGGCGUGGUCACCAAAAGCAAGCCUGUGAUGAUCAUCACUGAAUACAUGGAGAAUGGAUCACUGGACACUUUCCUCAAGAAAAACGAUGGUCAGUUUACUGUCAUCCAGCUGGUUGGUAUGCUGCGUGGCAUUGCAUCUGGCAUGAGAUACCUCUCCGACAUGGGCUACGUCCAUCGGGAUCUGGCAGCUCGUAACAUCCUGGUCAACAGUAACCUUGUGUGUAAAGUGUCUGAUUUCGGCCUGUCCAGAGUCCUGGAAGAUGACCCGGAGGCUGCGUACACCACUCGGGGCGGGAAGAUUCCUAUUCGCUGGACGGCUCCAGAGGCGAUCGCAUACAGGAAGUUCACCUCAGCCAGCGAUGUGUGGAGUUACGGGAUUGUCAUGUGGGAAGUGAUGUCAUAUGGAGAGAGGCCAUACUGGGAGAUGUCCAAUCAAGAUGUCAUAAAAGCAGUGGAGGAGAGCUACAGGUUGCCGGGUCCUAUGGACUGCCCUGAGGCUCUGUACCACCUAAUGAUGGACUGUUGGCAGCGAGAACGCAGCAACCGCCCCAAGUUUGAUGAGAUUGUCUGUCUACUAGACAAACUAAUUCGCAAUCCCAGCUCAUUAAAAAAAUUGGUCAACUCUUCACACAGGGUGUCCAACCUGUUAGUGGAACAUGCCAGCAUAGAAGGGAGCUGCAGCACUCGGAGCCAGACCGUAGGGGAAUGGCUCGACUCCAUCAAGAUGGGUCGUUACACUGAGCUCUUCAUGGAAGGAGGUUACUCUUCGCUGGAGACAGUGGCUCAGAUGACAUCAGAGGAUUUGCGAAGAGUCGGAGUGAACCUGGCCGGACAUCAAAAAAAGAUAAUCACUAGUAUUCAAGAGAUGAGAGUGCAUAUGAACAACACCAACUCUACUGUAAAUAUCUGAAGCAUAUGUACAGGCACGCGCACACACACACACGCACAAAUACACACAUAUGAACACAUACACAAUAUAUGGACCUAGUAUGUGACAAAAAGACUCCGAUUUGCUGUUGGACCUAGAGCGGCUUAGCACUUUUUACGGACAAGACACCCAGUCUUUGUGGAUCUAGACUGAAGGAUCCACAUUUUUGUGGUUUGUGUGUGUGGCGUUUGCUUGUGUUGUCAUUGGGAAUAUUUAACAUUGCAGCACUAAAACCAAACUGAACUGAACUGGGUGGUGCUACACGAAGGGAAGAUGAUGGCGAGCUAAACUGAACAGAAGAUUUUUCAUUCUAAUUAUUCCAUUUGUGUGAAUCUUGCAGAUUCUGAUAUAUCUGUGCACUCUGAUUCUCUCAGAUCAAACGUGAAACAUAGACCGCAGAUCUGGCUCUGAGAGCAACCAGCACUUUUUGGCUGUAUCACAAAUAUGGGAGUUUCAUGCAGCAGGCUCAAACUUUUUCAGCCUGUCUCAGGUCUCUCACAAUGGAUCUGAACAGUUUCUCUGGCAAUUUUCUCUGGAAGUACAGUUCCAUCACGAGUCAUUGAAUUGAACAUCAUUAAUGGACCAAGAGCAUGAUGUUCAUUAGUUUCAGUCUCAGCUUUGGCAUGCUGAUGUGCUUUGGAUUUAGUUUUAAUUUAGUCUCCGGCAGGUCUUCAUGCGACCAGACUGCAGUUGUAACCCAGCUGGGCAACUCAUGGAUGGCCCAGACUCAUAUUCAGCAUCAUACACGUCAUGAUCUUCCAAAGUGAUGCAAGACAAGAGUACCUAAUGCAACCUACAUUGUUUAAAGAGGCUGACUAUUAAAAUACAACAACGUCUGUGACAAGGGAAACCAUCUUGUUGAACUACAAAAGAAAAAUGUGAAAAGCUACAAGGCUGUAGGCAUUGGGAUACUCUAUAACUGUUCUUCUGGCUGAAUGUAUAGCACUACGCAAAACACAACACUCAGUUGCAGCAUCAACCUGUUUUGUUUGAUAUGGACAUGCUGUCAAAUAGAAUGUGGCCAUUAUGGUCCCUAAAACCAGCUUCUGAAUGAAUCUGUAGAUGUAUAGGAUAUUCAGCUGGCUUUCUGUCAUCUUUGCUUUGAAAAUCUGUAGGAAUCUCCACUAAGAUCUUGAUGGGUUCCUAUAGAGCUAAUUCAGCUAUCAACUCCUGAACCAUGCAGAUUCUAAAUUCAAAUUGCAUCAUGUAACUGGACACUCCAUGCAUGUUUUAGUGGAACGUUCACUCCGAUGCAGGGGAACCUUUGUUAAGGUUCUUGCAACAUCACGCUUUCAAAUCAGCUUCACUCAGAGUCUAGAAGAACUGUUACUGAGAUUCUACUGGAACUUUUGCUCGGACACUAAUGGAUCCUUGGGAAUUC